CUCCAACAUCUCAAACUCAUUCGCAUUGACAUGCAGACAUUUAACUCAAAUGUCGAUUCAUCAUCGGUCUCAGCUACCACUGAUGAGCCACGGAAACCUUUGGAUGUGAUUACAGGCGAGGACUUGGGCCUUCAAACCGUCAGGAACGGUGUUAGCUAUCGUCGGCGGCAACUCGGCGAAGAGAAGGCCGUCAUCAUUCAGUCCAACACUGCUUGCAGAAGCCUUUCAUCGCCUAUUUGGCGCUUGCCCACUGAAAUUCUUUCCGAAAUCUUCCUUUACUGUUUGCCCGAAGACGAGCAUUUGGUCUAUGCAUCAAGACAGGCUCCUAUGCUAUUGACCAGAAUAUGUCGCCGAUGGAGGGAGGUUGCUGUGGGCUUUCCUAGGUUAUGGUGCAGGCUCAAAGUGGUAUUCUGGUACGGAGGCUGGCGGGGGGGAAC